AUGAAAGGACGGCUCAGCGUUGUUCAUGAAAUGCUGUCCUUCAGGCCUGACUCUGCCGACGUGCUCUCCACGGCCGGUGAAACAUUUUUACAUUCUGCAGUGGAGGCGAACCAGAUCGAAGUUGUCAAGCACGUGGUUGACUUUCUCGACACAUCCAAGCUUAUCAGGACACAAGACAACGAGGGUAAUACAGUUUUACAUGUUGCUACCAGGAAAAAACUCAAGCUGAUGGUCCGAUGGCUGGUGACGUGUACGACUGUAAAUGUAAACGCAGUGAACAAACAAGGGCUGACGGCACUGGAUAUCUUGGAGAAAGAACCGGCUCACUCGGGAGCCAUGAUAAUCGGGGCGGCGCUCAAGGAAGUGGAUGCGAAGCGCGCCUACGAGCUCCCCUUGGACCGCUUCAAGCGGGACGACCUCGCUCUUAAACGCAGCGUGAGCUCAAUUAAUAACCACGUUCGGGCUCAACUUUUCCAAACGGCUGACACGAGCGACCGAGUGAACGGCAUGGCAGAAGAACUGCGGCAGCUGCACAAAGAAGGAAUUAAAAAUGCAGGGAACACCGUGACUGUGGUGGCGUUGCUCAUCGCUACCGUGGCCUUCGCCGCGAUGUUCACCGUGCCCGGCGGCCUCAAAAAUGGCGGCGAGGACGAAGGUACUGCUCUGAUGGCGCACACCGUCGCCUUCAAAGUAUUUGUAAUUAGUGACACUGUGGCUUUAUUCUCGUCGUUUGCUAUAGCUCUGAUUCUGGUGACUGUGGUGCCCUUUCAUAAGAAAGUCUUAAUGAAGCUUUUGUUCUUCAUCAACAAGAUUAUGUGGGUGGCUGUUGGAUACACUGCCUCAGCUUUUUUGUCUGCAGGUUAUGUGGUGGUGGGGCCCAAGAGUCUGUGGGUUGCAAUUAGCAUGUGUGUUGUUGGGGCAGGAAGUAUGGUGUUUAUGUUCUCUUCUCUCGCCUCGCUCGUUGCCGCCCAUCAGAUGAAGAAAGCCCGACUCCGGAAGAGUAAGAAGCGGAGAAAUGGUGAGCGAGUGGCAAUCGUAACACACGUGGGAGAAGAUGAAUAUGAAGGGAAUUUAGGGGAAACGAGCCAGAGAUUUCCUCGGAGACGUAACCAUUCUUCUUCUGACUCAGACUUUGAAAGCUCUGAACAGGACGGCUUCCAUCCUAUCAAAGCCACAUCAAAACUAUCAAUGGCUUUGAUAACUUCUUCGCAACUUUCUCUUUUGAAAAGUCUCUACCGUCUCUGUCUUAAAACUCACGGUGGAGGUCCCUAUCUUUUGAAGGGUGAAAAUGAAAUGACUAAUAUUCUCCUUUAUCUGUAUAGUACCACUAUUCUCGUUUAG